AUGAGCGUCCAACAGUUAGAAGCCCUCAUGGAGUAUUUAGAGAGCCAACAAGAGCUUGCCCUCGGACGAACUGAUGAAGUACCGGUGCUCAAUCUGGGAUUCAUUGAAAUGGAGAACCUGCAAGCUCUAUGCUUGUACCGCCAGAGACUGCAAGCUCUGCCUGUACCAACAGAGCCUGCAAGCUCUCAGGCUACGCAGCAGCCAGAACAAGCUGCUCCGCGGCGACGUCGUCGUCGGCGGCGUCAAGAAAUGGAUGCUGAACCUGAAGAGCAAUCAACACUACGCACUGCCACCGAUAUGCUGCAAAAUAUUGAGGUGGCCAGUGCAAAUGCUACGAAUAGGCUUGCUGCAGCCAUAGAAACCCUUGCGGCAAGGCUUAGUGAGCCUAUUCGCAUAGUGCUAGAGCAACCAGCAUCCACACAUACGAGACAACGUCCACAACGGGUUCAUAGAAGAAAUAGAAGAAUUAUUAUUGAUUCUGAUAGUGAUUGAAUUAUUAAUCUAAAUAUUGUUGAUUAUUUUUGUGAUUGAUCUCUUUAUUAUUUUUUACAUAUAUUAUUAUUUUUUAUUGCC